UUUAACCCUAGACCAAGCAAUCAUGAUUUGUUCUUAAAUCCUUCACAGGCGAAGCACAACAAAUCCUACGCAGAAACACGACAAGCCAGGGGUGAUUCGCUGGAGACAACGGGAAGUAGAAAUGAUGCCCCCCAUCAUGUUCAAAGACGUGACAAUACUCGUUUCAGCCAUGAUGGGCCUAGCGAAAAUCUAAAUUCUUUCCAUAUUCGCUUGCGAAAUCAAAUUUCAAUGGAGAAUGAAGAAAGAUAUUUCCAGCCGGUGCAAGUUGAGAACCCUAAUUCCGUUUUACUGCAAGCACAUGAAUCAUUUUCAAUCACAAAUCGCGACGAGCGAAUUAUGCCGAUAGGUGAAAGCGAUAACUUAUUUUCUGAUUCAAUAUCAGUAAGAAGGAAUUCAAACUCGAUCUAUGGAGAAACAAGCGUUGCUGCAAAUUCAAUCAACAGUCAACACAAAAAUCAUUCAAAUUCGUAUUUCAAUAAGGAUAUCCAUUCAAAAGAAUCUGUAACAAAUAUUUCAAUUCUUCCAACUCAAGAUAUUGCUAAACUCAAACCGGAACUUGAAAGGCACCUUCAAAAACCAAUUCCUCGUUCAACCCAAAACCGCGGGAUCUCACAACUUUUGACAAGACCUGGAACCUCCACAAUCCAACUGACACAAGCGUCCCGUGGACAACGCACUCACUGCAUAGAUCGUGGAUAUGCAGAAGGUAGAGGAGGAAACGAAAGUUUCCAAGUCACGCGACAAAAUUCGACCGGCAAUGUUAGUAUUCGAAGCCAAGUACCGGGAAACGUUUUAUUCGCACGCGAGCAAGACGUUUUAAAUGAUUCUUAUACACGAGCACAAUUGGGCAGCUCUACAGAACUAAGACAUGUUGCCCAUACUACUGAAUUUUCACAAAGACAAGAAUCUGAAAAAGUAUUUAACAUUGAAGAACAUGAUGUACGUGGAAAUGUUCUACAGUUUCGUGAACAUUGUAGAACUAAUAACAAUUUUAGUCAAAACUCUGAUUCAAUUCAUUCUCCUCUUCUACAAAAGCAAUAUCAAAGAAUAAUUUCGAUCCCAGAUGGUGAAGGCGAAGAGUCAAUUUUUUCGACGAUCAAAAACUUACCCAAUGAUGCACGCUAUUUGCCAAGACAAAUUCUUGGUGAUGGAUCAAUGAUCCGAGACCUUAUGUCGAAUGAAAUUGAUCUUGUUCAACGGGAUGUAGACGGAAAUUUCAGAAUUAUCAGAAGACAAUUGCCACAAAAUGUCGGAACCAUUCAACGACAAUUUCCUCGGAAUGUUGAAAUUAUCCAAAGUCAGGUUCCCCGGAAUGUUCAGUUAGUUAAUAGGCAAGAGGAUCUUGAUGACGUUGUUGUUCAGAACCGAUCCCAUAUGCCCGUGCACGCAAGUGAGAAUCGAACAGAAGCAAGUACUCAACAGCGGCUACUCCCGGGUUACUUAAAGUUUGUUCAAAGGACUACACCGGGGAAAAUGUACAUUGUUCACGGACGCGGUGAACCGCCUGUCUUGCGGCGAUUAGAAUAUCACGAAGUCCCAUCAAUACCACGAGAAUUACUGGAUUCUUCUAGCAGAGAAGGACUCCGGAGAGAUGACUCCUUGACCAUGCAGGCCUUCAAUGUCUUUUCACAAAUAUCAAAUAAAAAUGCUGAAAUAUACGCAUCGAAUUACACUACUGGUAUUGAGUUGACGCAGCAAGAUGCAAGAAAUAGACGAGAUACCCUGGAAACCCUGGAAAACAACCUUGGACAAGAAACGAGAAGCUCGACGUCCAUCUUGGAACGAGCUCUUCUGGAGCCUGAACGGCGACACAGCCGAGAAAGUCUGCUUCCAACUCAAAUAGAUAAUAUUUCCUUUAACGAAUGCAACCAACUAACUAAGAUGGAUAAACACGCCUCCAGAUCGCAGUCGCCAGAGCAUUCGGAGGGUGGCGACGAUUGGGUUGAUGAAGAUGUCGUGCAAGAAUCAAAAGCGAGUCUCAAGAGAGUUCAACACUGCGCAUUCUGUAGGAACCACAAUUUGACGAUUCGGAAAUACGGCCAUGUUUGCAAGUUCAAAAACUGCACAUGUUUACUUUGCAAGCUAGUCGUUCAUUCACAGACCAUCAUGAAACAUCAGCAGGCUCACUGGAGGCUGCAAAACAAAGAACUUGUGAACAAUGAAUCCUACAAAGAAAUGAAAGCAUCUAAAAGAGAGAAGCUGUGUGACAAAUGCCGCAACCACAGCGAGUUUAAGGAGAGGCGCGGCCACUCCUGCCCCUUCGAUACCUGCACAUGCAAGCACUGCGGCCUCACAAGCAAGAGGAGAAAAGUCUCGAAAUACUUGCAGAGAAUACGUCGUGCCAACGUCACUUCCGAGGACCUGGAGCUGAUACGUGAAGAAUUGAACAGCUCAGAGGAGAAUUCUGUUGAACAUCCACAACCUUGCUCGAGUGUGUCCAGUGAUCGGUCUCAAGGCGUUCCGUUGAAUGAUUUUGUUUCAUGUCUCUCAUCUCAGAAAAUGACUCCCAACGAAAUGCAUCACUUCUUAUAUCCAAGGCCUCACUUCGUCUCACAAUCUGAGCCAAAUUCAAGCCACGCGUCACCAGAUUCGAGUCUGAUGGACUCAGAAUUGUGCUACCAACCUGGAAACGACCAACCUGCCGGCCUCGAUUCGAACGACUUUACUGGUACAACAAUUCCAGGAUUGACGCAAAACAUGAAUGAUAACGAAGAAACUAUUUCUCAAAUUCGAGGUCUUCUAACCAGUCAAGCAAAUGAAGAACAUGUCGAUUCAGCUCAGGGAACAAUAAACGAAGGCGACCAAAGUAAGGAAUAUUCACAGAGCGGAUGCGGCGUGAGAUCCACGUCAGAUGUGAGCAGCAGUUCACAGAAUCUUCGAACAAAAACGACGGGAAUUGCAAGCAGCUACCGAAGUCAAGGUGCUGGGAGAAGCUGGCAGGAAACUGAAAAUAAUCAACAAGCUUCAACCGAAAGAAGUUUGAAAAACAACGAUCGAACGGCAAGAAGAGCCGAAGAUCAAACGUAUUGUGACAUCGAUGAAGCGUCGAUGAUGAACGAGGAUCGAAAUGAGAGUUAUGGAGGGAGCAAGUCGUGCUCUGCGCCGCCGCCAAUCAAUGAGGCAGGUUCCAAACUCGAGCUUGUACCCACUUCUCAGUCCCGCAUUUUCGCCCAGCGAACCAAACAAAAGCGGAUGCAAAGCUGCACGUUUUGCCAAAACCACGGCUUCACGAUGCCGAAGCCAGGCCACCAAUGCCCUUAUAACAAGUGUCAGUGUUUGUUGUGCCGCCUCACGAGGAUAGCGAGGAUUGUCAUGAAACACCAACAGGCGCUAUGGAGACACCAGGCAAAAGAACUCAACAAAGCAAAUCUUGGCCACUUGGCUAAGUUGCGGCAGGUUUGUGACAAGUGUCGGAACCACCACCAGUUUCCCAAAAGACGAGGCCACUCUAUUUGCCCGUUUGAGCAAUGCACGUGCCCUUACUGUACACUCACAGAAAAAAGACGCUACGUUAUGAUGCGCAUACAGAGGAUCCGAAGAGGACAAAUCACUGCAACGGCAAUUUUUCAAUCUGAUAAAGAAGAUGAGAUGGAAACCGCAGACACAGACCAGGGGCGAGGAUCUAGCAAGGGAAAUUCCGACUUCCCAGCCGAGGGUCGAGAAGUUGCGGCUGUCAUCGAGGGCGUGACGAAGGCGUUGAGAGCUCUGCCAUCUCCGGUCAGGAAACUAUCAUCGCAAACUGCAGCUGAUCACGAAACUCUGGACGAAUCUCAAGAAGCUUCAGGAGAAUCAGAAGAAGCAUUAGGUGAAUUGCAAGAAGAAUUAAAUGAUUUGGACGAAUCACUAGAUGAAAUAGAAGAAAAACUGAAGGCGUUGGACGCAACGCCCGCAGAAACAUUAAUGGAUGCUAUAGAAGCAGAACCUCGUAACGCGAGUUCAGAGUUCGAUUAGAGCUUGUAAGGUUAAUUAAGAAAUAGACUACUUUAUGUCAUGUCAUCUACCAAAUUUAUUAAUAUUAGACUCUAUGAUAUGGUUAAUAUUCGCCAAUGCGAAAUAAAAGCAUCCUUUGUGUUACGACAAUAGAGUAUAGACAUUUCCCACGAUAUGAAUAACCCUGAUUUGUUAUAAAUAAUCGUAAGUUUUGAACCGUAUUACAUCAUUGAGUCAAGAGGCAUAAUGAAGACUUGCGAUCAGGUGAACAGAUGAUAAUGUUGAUAAAAUCUCAACUAUAUGAUUUUAAUUCGAAUAAAAGUAGUGUCGCAAUGUCAUACUUUUGGAAAUUUUUGCGUUAAUGUUGAGGUUAAGACGAGAAAUGUGAACGACGCGUCGCUGUCAGAAGAGAAGCAAUCCUGAAACAUCAUUUGAUAUAUCCGUGUCCAUUCUGAAAUUCCACAGAUGAUAUGUAUAGCCGGAAGUCACAAUAAUCAAUUAACUUCUAAUAUUAAUUGGCCGUUAAGAUUAUUUAGUUCCCCUCAGGUCAAGCACGAAUUCUUAAAUGUACAUCAUUUUAAUAUCCUGAUGAUAAGUUCUCUUACCACUUACUAAUGUAGAUACUUCUAUUGUUAUCAUAUUAUUGUCAUGUACAUACAUAUACGUCAUUAUC